AUGUUCCAAGAGCUCUCCCGCCAAGUUCAAGAAUGCAUGAUGUAUUACAACAACGCGCUUUCUCAACGAGAUAGUCGCAUUGAGCAACUGGAAGAAGAGGUCAAAGUCCUCAAACUUGAGAUCACACAAAUCAAAACACAGCUCAACACCACAGCAGUCCCACAAACUCCACUCCCACCCUCUUCUAGAGUCCCAAAUUUUGUUAAUUUGACUGAAAACUCCGAACGCGAGAGUCAAGCAUUGGCAACGAUUAUGCAGGGGUGGUGUGCUGAUGAAGAACUUCGAAAGGAGUUGCCUUAUUCCUAUUCACAGAUCUUAAGUCAACUUCGUAAGACAGAAAAACACCUCCAAUUUACUCCCCAGUCCAUCACUCUAUUGGGGUCCACUGUUAUCAAAGACGAUCUCUUCACCAAAAAUACUGUUGGGAAACAGUCCUUCUCUCCUGUGUUAAAUUGGACGGAUACCAAUUACAUUGGAGUUGAACGCGAAGACAGCAUCGUCCACUUGAAGAUGUGUAAUAAAUAUUACUUUGAGGUCCAACUCAGACAUAUUAAUAACCCAAACCCAAUCCUCUUUAAUACUCCAAUAGUCAAAGAUUUGAUUGUCUCGAUUGGAGUGUGCGACCAUAGACUCGUUCAAAAUUCACACAGCAUCUGCACUAACCAUGUCGGGUGGCAACCGGGGUGCAUCGGAAUGCACUCAGACGACGGAAAUCUGUUUAACAUGGCCGGUGCUGGAAAUAUGUUGACGGGACCAUUUGGCGAAAAUGACGUGAUGGGAUGCGGUUUUCUCAUUAACAAAAAGAUGGUGUUCUUCACAAGAAAUGGAAGUUUCCUCUGCGCUGUCCCAUACAACAGAAAGACUAUAAUCCCAACUUUCUGCAUGGAAGGAAGUGGAGAAGUCCAGGUUAAUUGGGGACAGAAAAAGUUCAGGUUCCAAUUUAAUAAUCUGCCUGACUAUUUAAAAAAUUAA